AUGGCGCUUCUCAGUCCGACCUUCGCCCUCGGUGUCUUCGUCCUGCUCUACCUCUCCUCCUUCGUCCUCUUCGCCGUCCUUCGAAUCGUCACCGGCAUAUCGAUCCAGCGGAUAGGCUACUUCUCCCUCCGACGCCUUGCAUAUUCACCCAGAGAUGGAAUCAGGAUCGAGAUUCGCGGCCUGGGGCUGAACAUUCAUCGCCCGACUUUUGCGCAGCCCACCUGGCUGAGCAUCGUCCUCAGUGACCUGACUGUGACCGCAGAUAUUAAGAAACUCGAAGAGCGGAAACCUGCCAGGAACGGGACGCCACCGAAUGGGGAUCGAAAGACAGAUAAUGGGGAGGAGGAAGAAGAAGAAGAAGAAGAAGAAGUAGACCCGCUACUAGAUUUGCCCCCUCCAGCUCAAGCCAAUGCUGGAUCCGAGGCCGAGACAUGGUCGCGCCUCCAUAAGCUCAAAGAAAAGGUGAAGAAACUGCACCACAGCGUGAAAUGGCUGCGCUUGGUGGAUGUCGUUGUGACCAACUCGGUCAUCAACGUGGUCGAUGUCGGCAGCCUUCAGGUUGGCAGCUUGACGCUUGCCGUGGAUACGAGACACAAAAUGGCCGAUCGAGCUCGAUUCUUCUUCCACCGAUCUGAAUCUUCAAAAGAAAACGCAGAGGCCGAAUGGAUAUUGACCGUCCGGAGUGUCUUCUUCGCCGUUGACGGCAAGGAGUCCCUCCAGAUUCUCGACCAUGCCUUGCUAAACGUGCACGGAUAUUUGUAUCCGUCGCAGGAGGGCCUCCGAGAUGCGACGGUUGCUUUGAAGCUUGGCAGAGUCCAGAUUCCGUACGACGAGCUGCACCACUGUGCAACCAAGUUCAAGUUGUCUCGCAAAAAGCCAAAGGUUGUCAACUUGGAGGAUCCAGUGGAUAUUUUCGUUAGUAAAGUGCAAGAUGGAACCGCUAGCAGCGCAAACGAGCACUUGAUGAAAACCGUUUCAGACUCAAAGGAAUUCUUCAGCUCCAUCUUGCGAGGUAUCAAGGAGGUUCAGUUUGCUGUUAGCUUCGUUGGUCUCAUCAAAAAGGUUGAGUCUGUCAAGGCUUGUGCGAAACCCGUGCACCUCACUGCUUCCAUGAAGGAAGUUGGCAUCGAUCUUCAUCGCCUUGAUCCAAAGUCACCCGCACAUCGCAUGUACUUCCCGUCCACAGACAUUGCACACGAAGCGCUGGUGGCCGCCCUCUCCAUCUCGGUUGGCAUGGAUGAUGGCCUCGGCAAGCCGCAGCGAAUCGUAUACAUCCCCAUGGCUACCACGACCGUCAGAACUACGUUGCCUUCCAAGACCAUCCAGCUGUCUCAGGUGGAUAGCUUUGAGGAUAAGAAUGCCAAUAUCCUGUUCGCCAACUCUGUGGUCACUUCGCCAUCCAUCGAUCUUGAUCCAAGACACCUGCCUCUCUUGAUAGCAAUGAUGCGAUCUAAACCAAAGCCUCCAAAGACGGAACAAAGGCAACAGCAGAAAUAUCUGUUUUCCCGACUGCUCCCGAAGGCGAGUAUUAAGUUUACUAUGCACGAGCCUGUUCUCCGCAUCAAGCUCAAGCCUCUUGGCAAGACAGAGGAUCCAGAUGAUUACGGUCUCAUCAUUUCAUCCAUCUCAUCCGUUGCCCUUGAUGUCGAAUCAUCUCAUUCGCCCCUUGAAGACCUGCACUAUUCUCUGGAUGGAGCUAUGCGGCUGCAAUCUCACCACCUGUACUACCAAGCUGUAUCUGGCGAGAGGUUUGACUUGAUAACAACCGAGUCUUUCGACCUCAAAGUCCACUUGGCAGCCAAUCCCGAAGUUUCUGUUGACGCGACGAGCAAUGUCCAAUCAUUUUCAGUUAGCAUGGUACGGCCGGAAAUCACAGAUGGCGUUCGUCAGAUCGUGCGCCAACUCCGUACCGAUGUUGAGCCAACGAAGAGGGCUAAGCCCAAGUCAAGACGGCAUGCCAACUUCCUGAGAUCGCUUCCUGAAUGGCUUUUCCGUUAUCAAGUCACCGCGAAUGAUGUCAACAUUGAGAUCGCUGGCGUGGAUGAAGGUAUUUCGGAUGAUAGCAAAGGCAUUUCCCUACACCUUGACGGCAUGUCGGCGGAGUAUCGUGCUCAAAGAUUGGAUGGCUUGCAGAGAAAGAUGCUCAGAAGACGAACUCACAGCCGAUCUCUCACUCAGUCAGACUCGGAUUUCGCGUCCACGAGUCCAACAAGAGCGAGAAAGAAGCCGCAGACCAUCGGCGACGGCCGUCGUCUGGUGUUCAAUGCCAGAGGUAUUGAGGCUCAAAUCAUCGAGACUGCCGACCAGCUUGAGCUGGAGCCCUUCAUUAACGUGCCUCGCCUUGAAUUUUCGCUCUCUGCGUCAAGCGAUAAUCAUGGCCCAUUGUUUCAUAUCCAGUCCUCGAUCCGUUCCAUCACGGUUCAGUAUUCACUCUACCGGCACUAUGCUGUUGGUGUUGCAAUGAAUACUCUGAGAAAAGCCUUUAUGAAAACCAGUGGUGACGCGCCAAAGGCUUCACAGCAAGGUCUACCAAAGUCAGAUCUCCUUGUCCCUCCCAACGCCUCUGGAUUUUCUCCUGCCGAUUCAGCCUCCACCAUCAUGGACUCCGUAGUCAUUGACGUGAAAGUCGCUUUAAUCCAGGUGAAGGCGGAGAUGCCACAUGACCCAAUGAUAAUGCUACACAUCUAUAGUUUGGACGCCGGACGUCAGAGAUGGUCCACGCCAUAUUUUGCGUCCAAGCUAAUUCGCCUGUACGUUGCAUCUCCACGUAUGCGCAAUAUAUGGUCGCGGAUGGUUAGCAUUAAAUCUGGGCGCCUUGAUCUUCGAGAAUCCAAGCACAAAUCGAACCAAGGGGACUAUACAGAGGAGAAGCUCAUCGACGUAUCGACUGAAGCAAUCCGGAUUGGUAUUCCUCACGAGGUCAUCGUUCACCGUAUUACCGAUAACAUUAUCAAUGUGAUCAAGGCAGUGCAACAGCUGCAGCACCGCUUCAAAACCGGGACAAACGAGUACAUCUUGGAGAAGCAUCCUGAAGGACCCAAAUCCGUUCCAAAAGUAUCCAUUCGCUCGCGAAAUUUCCUUUUCGAGAUGGAGGACGGUGCAUUCGAAUGGAAACUAGGCAUGAUUUACCGGGCAGGGCGGAUGGAACAGAUACAGAGAUCUACCAGAGAAGAGGCGUUCCGUGUCAAGCUAAAUCGCGUGCGGGAAGAGGAACUGAAACGGGGUAACAAUGGCAAAAAUCGGUCUCGAUCUGCUUUUCCACGUGGAAGGACUGAGAAUUCCUCAUCUGCGUGGUUCCGGAGUCGAAGCUCCGACCCAACGAAGCAAGACGUGCGGGGCCGUGAGAGUCGACACAGCAGUACCUUGCCGAGAUAUGACCCUGAUAGCGAAACCCUAGGCAUCAACGGAAAUUCAAAAGUUUCGGUGGAGGAGGCGCGCCUCCAUUUAGACAUGUUCAAUGCUCAGUCGUGGAAAAAGAGGAUUGACCGGGCCUAUCAGGUGUCUCGAGAUGGUGUCAAAGAGCUGCGCGGCCUAUUCUGGGGCCAGAACGAGGUACCGAGCGACGUCGAGGAGACGGAAAACAUCUUGGAGGUCGCUCCCAGACCAGCGUUGAUGGCCACUUUCAUAUCCAACCUCCACAUUGCCGUUGAUAAGCCGACGUUCCCUCUCAAAGAUCUCCCUGAUUUCAUUUACAAAGUCGGCAAAGGCAUGCCCAAGGAUAUGAAAUACAGCCUCUUGGUGCCUAUGCACAUCUCCAUCGAUAUGGGAGAAGCCCGCUGCUCGCUACGCGACUACCCUCUGCCGCUGCUGCACAUCCCGGGACUGAAACCUGGGCAGUCAUCUAGGCUGCAGGCUGUCUCUUUGAGAACAAACUUUGUGUUAGCCGAGGAGUUCAGAGGGCUGGAAUCGUCACGACGAGUUCCGGUGAAUAUCAUCCCCCCCAAGAGCACAGAUCCCGAUGCAUCCAAGGAAGGAUGCUUUGCUAUUGAAGUGAGGCGAACCAUUGGCCCUGUCAAAUCCUUCUCGGAUGUCUACAUGGAUAUCAACACAGCUCUUCCCACACGAAUUACGUGGGGUCCCUGCUACCAGCCGGCAAUUCAGGAUAUGAUGAUGGUCGUUGAAUCUUUCACCAAGCCGCAGAUUGAUCCGUCUGAACGGGUUGGGUUUUGGGAUAAACUUCGACUUAAUUUCCAUUCCCGUAUCCAUGUUGCUUGGAAAGAGGACGGUGAUAUGCAUUUUGCAAUGAAGGGCACACGGGAUCCAUACCAAGUUACUGGGCAUGGCGCAGGCUUCAUCAUGUGCUGGCGAAACGACAUUAGAUGGAAUAUUAAUGCAGAGGAUAACCCGAAGAAGUUUAUGACGGUGGACAGUGGCGAAUACAUUCUUGCCAUUCCAGACUACAGUAUGCAGGUACGGGAAGCCGCCCGGCUCCGGGAUGAUGAUAGUAGUCGACUUGCGGAUGACCAUUUAAGAUGCGGUCCGGCUCAAUUUAAGAAAGUCGUCAUGAAGCUAUCCGGAAGAGUGCAAUGGCUAGCUGGUCUCGUAUUUGAGCGCGCAAUCGAGGAUGGCAAACGAAGCUUUGACUUCAAACCUCACUACGAGGUCGUUCUCAAGAAUCCACUCUUUGCUAAGCCCGAGGCGAACGGACUGCCGUAUGAUGCCAUGCGCGGGUUCAGGAGUCGUCACAUUCACUUGUCAAUUGCGGUCCGCGCGCCGGCUGACCGCGAAUGGAUGUCGCAGAGCCUUGAACCUUCGCGUAGUUAUAACACGAUCCAUCUUACUCCUCGCUUCUUCACGCACUUCUUCGCCUGGUGGGGGCUCUUUAGCGGACCCAUGUCGCUUCCCAUUCGGCAAGGCAGCCUAUUUCCUGGGAGAGAAAAGAAUAGCAAGAAAUUUGGGAGACACUUGGCGACUGUCAAGUAUAAUCUCCUGUUUGCUCCGUUGUUCCUGAGUCACAUCUACAAACACAAAGACGCCGAGGACUACUCUGAAAACGCUGUCUCUGCCACUGGCCUGAAAGUUCGAUUCGACAGCUUCAUGCUUGAUCUUCAUCAACGCCGAGAAGAGUUCGACACCAUUGCCAAGACCAAGAAUUCGCCCAGUCGAAUCACGGGAAUGAAGCUCCAUGCAGCACACUUGGACUUGGCGUGCGCGGAUAUUCGAGCCGUUUCUGCUAGUUUGUAUGGCACUACAACAGAGGCAAUCAAAAAAGGAUCCAUUUCGCAUCUCACCCUCGAUCAGGAUGAGAAGCCGGAUGUAUCUCGCUUUACUAUUCCUGAUGGAGACUACAGCUGGAUUGAUAUGGAUGAUUUCGUUGAGUUAGAUUGGAUUCUGCCCACCGAAGCUCAUCCAGAGACCAAGAUUCUGCCGCUUGCUUAUAUCCCUCGAUUAACUUACUUCCGUCAGACCGAUAUUGGGGGUAUUAUUGCUGGAGACCCUACGAGAACAAGCCCAUUCGGGAAUGAGCCUACGCAUUUCUGUAUCAUGAGCGAAGAAAACGAUCCAAAGAGUGUGCAAGCACACUUGAUCAGAGAGCGCUUAGAACAACUCGAUGAGCAGAUCCGAGCACACAUCCGACAGGUUGGUGAGGCUGAGCUGAAAGUGAUACGCACCGAUUCCAAGGACCAAGAGAUUCUAGAGGAUUUCGAUACCCUUCGCCAACAUUCCAAUGUACUUCGGGACAAGAGAGCCUUCCUUGAAACUAUGCUAGAGAGGAUGAACGCAGGAGUAUCGACUAACGGCCAUGCAUCAAGCGGAUCAGCGAGUACGCAUCAAUCUAAUGGAUCCGUAGAUGCACCGAGCGAACACAUGGACAUGCCCUCGAUCCCCUCCAACGUGGAAUUUGAAAGCGAAUUUGAGAACCGUUUCGUGAUUCACAAUAUGCAACUAAAAUGGAACAAUCUGUUGCGCAACAUUGUGCUGCGAUAUGUCCACCAGAGCAGCCAACGGCGUGGUUUUAUAUACUACCUAUCCAGACCAGCAGUUAAAUUCAUCUUGGACAUGGUAGACGAGCAGACCAAGGCUAGAAUGGGGAAUGUUGUGAAUUCAGAGCCGGUAUCAGCGGCCAAUGGCACUCCCACGUCUCCGGCUACUCCAUCUGUAGAAAAGGACGCUGCGAGAGACCUCGAAGACCGAAUCAAGGGCAUUUUAGAAGGUCGGAAAUUCUCGACAAGCACAGGUUUUGCACUCAAUAACAAUGGCGUUGUGGAAGGCUCCAUCGAAGAUUUGGAGAGUGGCAUAUCCGAUGAAUUCAACCCACAAUGCAGUUAUCAUGUCCGACUUAUUGCUCCGCAAAUCCAGCUGCAGAGUGAAAAGAACAAGAAGCACGUUGUCUUGGUUACUUCAAAGGGAAUGGAACUGAAAGUGGUGGAAGUCAUGGACAAAUCGAGAAUCGCGGACCAGGUCAGCGGUCUCGUUCAACGCCGUUUCUUGGUCAACAUGGACAGUACCCAGUUCUUCGUCACUCAUCAGAAAUGGUUCCUCACCAACCUGGUAUCCAUGUAUGCGGGCAGCAAAUACGGCACGCCUACGGGUUCCUCAUGGCCACCUUGGGUACCUAUGGAGGUCAUGUUUGACUUCCGUACCGACCCAUUCGGCUUCAAGCGCGUCGUGCAGAAAACCUCAGCCAUGCUUCGCUACGACAAGUACAACAAUCUCCGUCUCAAGUAUAACGACGAAGUCAAUGGUGAAUGCACAGACGAAUCCACCCAAGAGCCUACGGAGAAACGUGUGGAUAACCUUUGGGUGGAAUUCCCGCAAGCUCGUGCUCUCUGUAACUCAUCGCAGUAUUACGCCAUGUAUGUCAUCGUGCUUGAUCUGCUCAUGUACAGCGAGCCCCUCGAAAAGACGAGGAAUGAGCGCUUGGAGAAAAUUAUUCUCGGGUCUGACUUUAGUGAUCUGAGCGGUAUUCCAGAGAUGGUGAUGAAACUGCAGGAUCGCAUCAGGCAAAUGGAAGAAAUCAAGGCUCAUUUCCAAAUUUACUCGCAGUUUUUGGACAAGAAAGGAUGGGAAGAUCGCUUGGCCCUGGAGCGUGACCUGGCCGCUUCCGAGGAUGAACUUUUCUUCAUGAUGAAAGCCAUCAUGAGUUCGCAGAGGAGGCUUGAAAAGAACAACACUCGCUCUAACGCGUUGUUGAAAUGGAGCAUUUCCGUUCGGGAUAUUGUCUGGCACCUUAUGCAGGAUUCAAAUGAGCCGCUGGUUGAACUUCAACUUAAGAAUUUAGAGUACGACCGCACCGACCACUCGGAUGGUUCCCACAUGAAUCUGGUUCGUGUUGGUAAGUUGCUUGGCCUGAACCUUUUACAGGACGCAACAUAUCCGGAGAUAAUAACUCCAUAUCAUGACGGCGAGAGGCCAGGCACUCGAUAUGGUGAUGGCGAUUCCGACAUGAUUCGGGUCUACUGGUACAUGUUAGAGGCCAUAGCAGGUAUCCCCGUUAUGGAACAGUUCGAGAUCGAGCUAUUUCCCAUAAAGAUUCAGCUGGAGCGCGAGGUUGGCAAACGGCUGUUCGAAUACAUCUUCCCCGGUAUGGACGUGGAUCAGGUGGAAGAAGAGUCCAAGACAACCCCUUCGAUUGUUGUUCGGCGCGACUCGAACGAGGCAGAUGAAGAAGGCAACGAGUCCCCCAAGAGCACAAUAAGCAGGACCGGCACGCCCGGCACGCCAGGGCUGGAUGCUUCAUUCUCAACCCGCCCAGGAUCGCUCGAGUUGCGUCUUAAGCCCACGUUGUCAUCUGGCGUCGCAGAAGAAAAGCCCUCGAAGAAGAAUCUAGGCGUUAACAACGGCGAGGGCGGCGGCCAUUCGUUCAGACUUUUCCGUUCUGGCACCUCGCGAACACUGGGGAAGAAAGCUUCGAUUGAGUCUAUGCGACCACUGACGGCCACUCCACGACCUGGUGCUAUUGGUCGGUCUUCAACUGGAUUCUCGUCAAGAGACAGCCGAGAUUCGGAUUCAAAGAAGUCGUCACGUUUCGGCUUACGAAGUAGGCACAACACCGACGACAAGCAAAUGUCUGAUGAUCUCACCAAGAUGAUUGAACGAGCAAACAACUACAUAACGUUUGCGCAUAUCAAGAUACCGUCCGUUGUGAUGUGUCUCAGCUAUAAGGGCAAAGACCAGCGCAACUUUGAAGAUGUUCACAACUUUGUGUUCCGCCUUCCUCUCAUUGAGUGGCAGAAUAAGACUUGGUCAAACCUAGACCUCGCUUUGGCGCUGAAGAAGGCUGUCGUGAGAGCUCUUAUUUCGCACACGGGCGCCAUUAUUGGAAACAAGUUCUCCAAGCACAAGCCUAACGCGGGAGAGCGGAAUAGACUGAGAGAGCUUGCCAGCAGCUCUGUCCUUAUUUCUUCUCCAAUGUCUUCUAGCCUGUCUCAGAAUUACACGCCCAGCAUACACGACAGCGAUGACUCGGCGAGUAUGUAUGGUACGUCGCCUGUAGACUUCUCACGCUCGCCUCCACGGUCUACUCGCAGCAGCAUUCGCAGUGGAAUUCCGGCUCCUCGAUCUGCAAGUCGUAGCAGUAGCAUUGCCAGCAGCAGGUCUCAUUUGACAGGCGGCUCUGCUCCAAAUCUUCCCCAGGUCCCAGCAUACCUGACAAUGACGCCCCCAACGCCAGUUGACGCUCACGGUAGAGGUGAUGGCCAUAGCAGCCUGGCCAUUGAACUUCUCCGGCCAUCCUCCAGCCAGGGACUAGGGUCACAUCGCAAUGCUCUUAGGACCUUAUCAGGCGGCAGCGAAUCAAGACCCUCUACCAGCGCUGGACAUCUCGACACGGCUGACCGCAAAAAGACCGGUCCCACCAGUGUCAGCACCGGAGGCUUUGGUCUGAGGGAUAAACUUACUGCUCUUACACAGAGGAUGAGCCACCGAGACACAGGUAUAGUGAGGACCGAAGAGCCCGAGGAAAUGAAUGACGAAGAAGCCGCUGCUUCUCCAACGGCUGCGGAACACAUGCACGAAGGGGCACUGAGGAACAAGAGGCUAAGCUGGUCUCAGUCACGAUCCAAGACGACUGGUUGA